UACAGUAACCGCGGCUAUCUGCUAGUGACCAAAUUAAUCAUAAGGUGGUCUUUGGUAUCACUGCAUACCUCUUUGUGAUUAUGUUCACCUAUUCACCAGCAACCUCCAAUAACCACUCGCCUAGAGACACUGGUGUCUAGACCUGUGUGACUAAGAUGACUGAAGAGUGGAAAGUUGGCAUUAGAGAAAUGACCCCUCUACUCAAUCUUCUUUGUUGUUUGCAUAAAAUGUUAGUAAGGGUGGCCAGUGGCACUCUGAGAACCCUAGAUAUAUAGGUGAACCUUUUUUGGAUCAGAGAAACUCCUCUAUGUUAGUCACUGUACUUUGGAGCCUCAAACAAGAAGCAGAUUAGUGCCUUUGUCAGUUUUCUAGGUCACUCUAAUGAACAUUUUUGGCAGCAUGAACCUCAAACAUGGCUGGCACUAAUCUUGGAUGUUUCCUCUUAAAUUGAGCGCAACUGUCUAACUGAUAAGAGAGCUUUGUUUCUCUUCAUAAGGCAUGAACGGGAAAUGUAUAAGACUCUGCUGAGCUACUAUGACGCUCGCCAGAGAGAGCUCGUGCUGGAAAAUGCAGAGCUGAGAAAAGUGUUGCAGCAGAUAAAAAAAGACAUGGUGUCCAUUCUAAGUUCAAGAAAACCAGCCGUGAAAAGCAACAAACGUGAACACAGUGGCGUACAGGCCACAUCGGAGGAGAAAGAGGAAGAGGUGUUUGAUUCCAGUAAGGAAAGUGUAGAGCUUUAUUGCGUUCAUGCCCCGGAGAAACUGACCAACAGUAUUCGUCUCCAGUGGGGAAGACUUAAGAGCCACAUCGAAAGACUGGACAGCCAAGCAUCCUUGGUUCAGACGGUGGAAAGCAAAAACACUGAUGCUGUUCCACAAGAGACUCAGGAGGAAGAGAUGGACAGACUAAAGCUGGAGAUCUAGCAGUGCAAAGACUUUAUUCCAACACAGCAGCAGCUCCUACAGCAGCAGCUAAGCUCUCCAUGUGAUGAGGAAACCGCAUCCCUGCUAAGCAAUUGCUACAUGCUUCAAGAGAAGGAGCGCCUCAGGGAGGAGUGGAAGACUCUGGAGGAGCAGAGGAAGAUCUUUGAGAGGGAGAGGAAGAACUUUACAGAGGCAGCCAUCAGACUGAGCCACGAGAGGUGGGCCCUUGAGGAGGAUCGAGCAACAUGGCUCAAAGACCGGUUUUUAAACUUGAGUCCAUUUGCAGACUCAAAGAAAACCCCAUUGUUAAAAUCUAAAGGUGCCUUUUUGAUAUCAGCUGAAACAGAGGCGGCUGCGACGGUGGCUCCAGAAAAGCUCAUCAAAUGUCCUUCAGACACAGCCUCCCCCACACCCAGUGUGUCCCGCUCGCGUCAGCUUCCACCGCUGACCUGUAGCCCACGCUUUGCCUUAUCCCAGAAAACAGCUCAGUGCAACCAAAGACAAACGGGGAGCAUGCGGAGGAAUCGAUCAUCCAGCACCAACAGUGGGAGUACAGUGAGGACCACACACUCUCACAGGAGAAGAACAGCUUCAUCUGAAGCCAAAAACUCCCAUCACUGAAUUAAACGUAUCAUUAAUG